AUGGUCAAGAAGGGUAAAGCGCCAGGAAAGAAGAAAUCUCCGGCCUCGAAAAAGCCUAAAAAAGCUCCAAAAGUUAAUGCAGGGAAAGUGAAGAAGGCCAAAGCGGUUUCUAAAGCGGGAAAGAAGCCAAAGGUUGGAAAGUCAUCUGCGGGUGCAAAAACAGCAGUUAGUGGAAAAACAGCGGUUGGAGGAGGGAAAACAGCAAUAGAAGGUACAAAAAUUGAGAAAGGUCCUAAAGCUGAUAAGCCAAGUAAAAUUAAAAAGGCUGGAAAGAAGAAAACUCCAAGUGCAAAGACUGCCGUGGAUGGUGGAAAACCUUUGAAGGAGAAGAAGGCACCAAAAGCAGAAAAAGGCAAAAAGAAGGAAGGAAUUGGCAAAAAGAAAGAAGGAGGGGAUAAAACGAAGGCAGAAGGAGGGGGUGAUAAAACGAAGAAAGAAAGGGGUGAUAAAAAGAAGAAGAAAGGAGUGGAUAAAAAAGGAGGAAAAGGGGCAAAAGGUAAAAAGGGCAAAGGACCUAAAACAGCUGAAGAUCAUGAAAAAGGAAAUAAAAGUUUAGACAAAACAGUUGGAGCUACAACAAUAGAUAAGGAAGGAGAUACACAUAAAGAAGCAAAACAAGACAAAAAAGGAGGAAAAGAAAAGGGUAAAGAGAAAGAAGGCAAAGAAAAGAAGAAGCAGCCAAAGGAAGAUAAAAAACAAAAACUUUCCAAAAAUGACAAAAAACAACAAAAAGAUAAAACUGCUGCUGGUACUUCUUCUGUUCAACAAUCUUCCGAAUCUUCAAUUUCUGAUACAAAAAAAGAUAAAAAAGAAGAAAAGAAAAAAGAUAAAGAAAAGAAGAAAAAAGAAAAGAAGAAGGAGAAGAAGAAAAGAGAGAAAGAAAGGAAGUCUGUAUCUGUAUCUUCUUCAAGUUCUUCAUCUGAAGAAGAAGUAGUAGUAGAAGCAAAGAAGCCAUCUCGCAUUGGAAGAAUUGCUGGUCUUGUGAAAAGAAAAACUGUUGGGGUUGCUAAAUUCGUUAUUAAUAAAAUAAAAAAUAUUAGAGUAAAGAAAAGGGAACAAAAGGAAAAAGAAGAAAUGGAAAGAAAUCUUCCACCUAAAAAGGAAGAAACGGAAGAAGAAGAGGAAACUUCUGAUGAGGAUGAGAGUGAAGAAGAGGAGGAAAGUUCUGAAGGAGGGAAAGAUGAAGCUGGAUAUGUGGCUAUUGGGGAUAUAGAUACAGGGUCUAUUAAAGUAGAUAAGAAGAAAAAUAAUAAAGAAGAUUUGGGAGAAGGAAAGAAGAAAAAGUUACAAACAAGGGGAAAAGAACAACCAAAAGGCCAAACAUCUGAAAUGUCAACAAUAACUUCUAAUUAUAAUCCUGAUACUUCAACUGUUAAUGCUCAAAGCAAAACUUCUAUUGCAACGAAAACUGAUGCAAAUUAUAAUAGUGAAAUUUGUAUGACAACAAAGUCAAUAAUGCCAAAGGAGGAUUUGAAGAAGAAAAAGAAGAAAUAA